GACUGCAAAGGCAAACACCAAUAGUUGGAUGUACCAAUCGCCAAGCUCAAGUCACCUCGCUCUGCAUUGUGUCCACUUACCAUUGCAUUCAUUCAUCAUAAUCCCAUCACCAACGAACCUCAAUUAUAAAUUCUUCCAAAAACUCUAUCUCUCGCUCUCUAUAACAAGCUACUCCACUUUUUACCCAACCACUCACCAGACACCCUUCAAACUUUUCUUCCUCUCAAUUCCUCCUCAUGCUGCAAAACAACCUAAUCUUACUAUGAAAAACCCUGAAAACACCUUCUCUUUUUCUUCUUCCUCUCACUAGCAUUUGGCUGCAACCAUUGAAAUCCCCACUUCCUCCUUUUUUUCUACUCGACUCUUGAAUGCUGUGAGAUAGUUCCUACCCUUCACAAUUCUUACACACCAAGUAUUAAUAUUCAUACUCAAAUAAACCGUGGUCUUGCUGCUUACGUGGAUUGAUUAUCAAAGGUGCAGUUGCUAUAUACAGCAAGCUCAUCAAAAUGGUUUUAAAAAACUUAUACUCGUUCUUCAUUCUUCGUUGGAGCUCGUGUUUGGAAUUCAACACUCGGGAGGAAGAUUUGUCAUGACUGUAUGCUCUGACACUCUUCAUAUCAUUGCUGUAAAAUACACUUGUUUUCUAGGUUCAAUGGCGGGGUCAUGUUUCCACGGACUUAGGCUAAGGAUGUCUAAGAGUAAACCUUUACCAGAGCCUUCGUCUUCCUCCAAGUUAAGGUUGGAGAGUGAGACGGAGAACAUGGAAAGGAAGAGAUUUAAUAGCACGGAAUCGUGGUCCAUGAUAUUGGACUCGAUGGAUACAUGGGAGGCUUCAAAGGAGGACCAGGAGGGGGAGCAAGGGGAAUGGACUGCAGACCUAUCACAGCUUUUUAUUGGUAACAGGUUUGCUUCUGGAGCUCACAGUCGAAUUUACCGUGGAGUCUACAAGCAGAGAGCUGUUGCUGUGAAAAUGGUGAAGAUGCCAUCCCAGGAUGAGGAGAAAAAAGAAUUACUAGAGGAGCAAUUUAACUCUGAAGUGGCUUUGCUUUCACGUCUCUUCCAUUUUAACAUUGUGCAGUUCAUUGCAGCAUGUAAAAAACCGCCGGUGUACUGUAUCAUAACAGAAUACAUGUCACAAGGGAAUCUAAGGAUGUAUCUGAACAAGAAAGAGCCAUACUCACUCUCGAUAGAAACAAUACUAAGGAUGGCUCUAGAUAUAUCAAGGGGCAUGGAGUACCUUCAUUCACAAGGUGUUAUUCACAGAGACUUGAAGUCAAGUAAUUUGCUCCUCGACGAUGAUUUGAGGGUUAAGGUGGCGGAUUUUGGCACAUCUUGUCUUGAAACAAGAUGCCGAAAAAGCAAAGGGAACUCGGGAACAUAUCGUUGGAUGGCACCAGAGAUGGUUAAGGAAAAACCUUAUACUCGAAAAGUUGAUGUCUACAGUUUUGGUAUUGUGCUUUGGGAGCUCACUACUUCUCUACUUCCUUUCCAAGUAAUGACCCCGGUGCAAGCUGCUUUUGCUGUGGCCGAGAAGAAUGAAAGGCCUCCUCUGCCAGCAAGUUGUGAACCAGGACUAGCACAUCUGAUAAAGCGUUGUUGGUCAGCAAACCCGUCGAAACGGCCAGAUUUCACUGACAUUGUGUGUACGUUGGAGAAGUACGAUGAGUGUAUGAAGGAAGGCGUACCAAUGAGCCAUCAUUCAGGGCUACUCAGCAGAAAUGUAAUUGUCGAACGCCUCAAAGGCUGUGUAUCAAUGACCUCCUCCAUACCUGUCUAUGCAUGAUUCUCCCUAAGAACAUAUGCAAUAGAUGUUACACCAAAUCCAUCAAAACAAUAAUCCAUAUCAAUUUCGUAAAAUAAAA